AUGAGCAAUAAAUCCUUUUCCGUCCGUGCUCGCCCUGCCUUUGCGCUCGCGCCUUGGCUCGUCUUCAGGAUGGUAUAUUUCGAUUUUUUCGCCAUCGCCUCGCCCGCCAUGGCAGAUGGGGAAAAAGAAGUGAAGGAGUUCUUGUUACAAGACUGUCGCAACGGAAGGAGUCCUUCGCGUCGGUACCCGCUUCAUGGAGACGAUGCGAUCAUUGCUGCACGUGGACAGAACCACCAUCAACUGGUGCAUGGCGGCGAGUUGUACAACAGUCAUCCCGAAGAUGUUGACCAAGACCAUUACGAGGUUCUCAACCACAACUGGACACUUUUCGUCAGCGCAGACCCAAAUAACAGCACUGCCGGUCCCAUCAAAGCAGAGGACAAAUCCUUCGUCAUUGAGAACGUAUCCCUCCCCAGCGACGUCGUCAGUGAAGUCGCCAAGAAAAAUUGGACGCAUGGCCACGAUAGAAAUAUCUUCUUCGAGAGAAAUUGGCUGGUGCACAAAGCGCAGUGGACGGAACAGGAUUGGGUGUACCAGAAGGACGUGAUUUUGUCGCUCCCAGGUCUUGGAACAAGCCGAAGUGGAACAGGAACUGCGUCUUUCUCUCCUCCGAAAGCCCUGCUGGUCUUCGACGGCAUCAAAAUGUUCGCGGAGAUUUUUGUGAACGGGAGAAAACUCGCGGAGGCGAAAAAUCAGUUUUUGCGGUAUGUCGUCGAUUUGCAGGACGUGAUUCUUGCGGAGGUGCAAGGAACACUAUAUCAUGCAGAUCAUAGUUCGUCGAAAAAGACAACUGCACCGUCCGGUGGAGAUGAAGGUUGCGUAAACAAUACCAUGCCUACUUCUACUGCCAGUGUUCACGAAGGAGAUCACAACAACUACAGUCACCAGAGCAACAUAACUCUCCGCGUAGAGGUUCGUUUCCCGAAGAGCAAGCGAGGUGCGGUGCAUGGCCGCUUUAUGGCGUGCAGUGGCGGCUGGGAUUGGGCACCGUAUUCGCAAACCUUCACGGGGUACCCGACGCUUGAUGGUGGAGGAGCAAACAAUGGUGCUUCGGUCUGUGGCAGCAACGCCGUGAACCGGGAAGCCGACUCCGCGAUGUUCACUUUUGGUCUGUGGAAGGCGGUGUAUCUGGUGCACGAGGUGGGCGAUCUCUUUCCGAAGGGAAGUGCUGCAAUCGCUAUCGGUACAAACGAGGAGAAGCAGAAAAUCAGCGAUGCGGCAAUGCAGCAACAGCUGGCAGCCACAGAGCAGAGGGCAAACUCUGCCGGUGACUUUCGUCCCUUUGCAGUGGAUUUUGUCGCUCCCACGACUUUUCUGCACCAGAAGGGCGUAGGAAAGGUUUUGAAGUGGACAGCUGCUACGACCGCUCGUUGGGCAAAGAUACCGUCGGACCUCGCGUUUCAGGUUGUGGUCGAAGCCGGGUUUUGGGUUUCUGAAGAAACGCCUUGGAACGAAUCCAGGGCAGGCCAAGAUUUGGUCAACCACACAGAGGAAAAUAGGAGCCUCGAGGCGCGAGUUCAGGUGAUUCCGGUCGGAGCUGGGGAAAACCGCGGGCCCGCCAGCUCUUUUUACAAGGAGGAUCACGGUCUUCAUCCGAGGGAGCUCCAGACAGGGAGGAAACGGCCAACACUGUACCAAGACUUCGAGGAGAUUGGAACGCGCCGGCCUGAUGUGGGCAAGAGCGUCUCCACAGCUGAGGCGACGGCAGUGCGCGAAGAUGCAAGCUCGCUGACCCUGAAAGGACACUGCGUCCCGAGCCGCGAUGAAAACGGUGCAGACAAAACAAACAGGACUAUUUUGUCCAAAAACCGACUCUGGAUCUGUCGCUACUCUUUCUUCGCAACCGACGUGGACCUGUGGUGGCCGCGCGCCCUGUGGACAACUGCUUCAACGGGGGAAAAAUCCUCGGAGAAACGUGAAGCAAACCUGUACGACUUACAUUUCGAAGUUUCCGGGAACGUCAAUCUGCAAGUCCGCCGCAGAUUCGGCUUCCGGCACUUUGCAUUGCGCACUGAGCAGGAAGAGGAAGAGCAAGGGCCCAGUUCUUCAUCCGCAGAAGGAACUGCGGUUGUUGCCCCACCACCCCCGCGAGGGAGCGGGCGCGGACCUAUGUUCCUCGAGGUGAACGGGAAAAAGAUUGUGGCUCGAGGGGCGAAUUUUGUCCCCACCGAAAGUUUGGAGAGCAGGCUGAAGUUCGCGUCAAAGACGAGCGGCGCAGAUGAGCUGAUAUCCGUAACUCACCUGCGUAGGGGUUGUGCUCCAAUAGGUAUUGCCGAUCGGACCACAAAUCUUACGCAGGUGACUUCCAGCAAUUUGUUCGCAAGGAUUUUCGCCACAUCAAAUACUAACUCCUGGGAUGUCUGCGCACAGCCAUUUUUACAUUUGAUACGUCGAACCAGGGAACGAAAAUUAAAACGCAAGCACCGCCUGCGAGAACGAGAAAUAUGAGGAGAAGGAUGAGCACGCACUUUUUCGUGCAGCAGUCUUGGCAACAGCCCCCGUGGGCGGGGGUUUUUUCAACAUUUUCCGUCUCCUGUUCAACGUGCUGUCCCACUGCGUUAUCUUCCGCGCUCAGCAGUAGAGCCGCACUCUCGUCCCGGGCGGCUGCAGCUGGGUAGUACGUGGAGAUCGAGUUGUUUUUAUGCACUCUCAUAUCGAUAUUUUCCCGCCGGACAUAUGAACUACACAAGUAUCGUACUCGUAUAAGUGCAUUUCUCAGCAUGAGAGAUAAAAUUUGCAAUGCUGACUGACUGACUGAGCUUCUGCGUUAUCCUGACAUCCUGACAUGGCACGCCCGGCAUGCGAGUUACGCACUUCUGAUGGUGCAGCACAAGUGCUACCGCCAGCACUACACUUCUGAUGGUGCACGUCUGUUCUUUUCUUCUUUCAAAAAAACUCUUUCAGAUGUGCAGCGUUUUGUUAUCUAUGUGCCCGAGGAUUGCUCCUCUACCCUGACUGAUUUGCAAUGCUGAUUUACCUUAACAAAAAGAUUUGUUGUAAUGCAUGACUGCAAUACGAAUCCGAUACUUUUGCACAGGAUAGGACAGUUCGAUCGUCGUGAAGGAGCUGGCGCGGAGUUCUAACUAUAGAAAGCAAUCCUGUGCAAAAGUAUCGUACUCGUAUUGCAGUCAUGCAUUACAAAUCUUUUUGUUAAGUCACAUACGCAUAUACUUACAAAUUUUAAUUGCUCAAUCUCAUGCUGAGGGAAUUUGUCAUGCAUUUAUACGAUACUUUUGCAGUUCAUAUGCAGGCCGCGGAGAAAGCGAGUCGCGUAUCGUAAGGAAAAAUCCACCCCCGUCCCCACAUCGAGAGGAAAAUUUGCGAUGCUUUGUCUUGCGUACAAGGCAAGCGGAACCCUUGUGGCGCAGAUUUGGAGAGCAGGCUGAAGUUCGCGUCAAAGACGAGCGGCGCAGAUGAGCUGAAUGCGUUUUCACCUUCCCGUGCGAUCGAAGAGGAGGAUCGAGCAAGAUACGACAGGACUGCUACAAGCGGUCUCCAAGAUGAAAUGCAAGAAGAGCAACAGGCUACCGUUGAUGACUCGUUCGACUCCUCAGGCGCGUUGCCCUCCAAGAUUGCCACUACAGACGCGCAAGCACAAGAACAGACAGCGUAUCGUCAACUCCGAGGCCCUUCCCGUGAGUUGAGCGCGCUUCGUCCUGACAAGGAUCCCCUGCUUCGUCUUCUGGAUUCUGCCGUGGCCGUAAACAUGAAUACUUUGCGCAUUUGGGGUGGCGGCGUGUUUCUUCCCCAACGGUUCUACGACUACGCGGACGAGUUGGGAUUGCUGCUGUAUCACGAUUUAAUGUUUGUGGACCAGGACAACCACUGUCCGGUUUUGCGCGACGAGAAUAAAAACGCCAGCACGUCCGUGAAACAGGAACUGCAAUAUCAAGUGCGCCGACUUUCUCGGCAUCCAAGUCUGGUGAUCUGGAACGCGUGUAACGAAUGCGUGUUUGAUAUUACUGAUGACCAGAGUGGUCUGCUUGGCCAGUCGCAGUCGGAGUCGCAACCCGCAGCAAGAAGCGCAGGAUCGUCGUCCUCCAAUAUCCACCGCUACAUAGAUUUUGCCAUGACGAUCGUGGCAGCCACCGACCCCAGCCGGGCAAUCUGGCCGUCGAGUCCCAGCAAGUACGGGUGGGCCGCGGGCGUGGAGCGGGACACGUCCAGGCCGGUGCUUGGGGAGAAGCUGGAAGUUCGUAGAGGGGACGUAGUUCAGUCUGCGGAAAGAACAAAAGCUGAUGGACCUGCCAACACUCCUCUCGAAUCCCACGGUCCGUAUCUCCACGGAAGUGGAUUCGACACCAUCAACGCGGAGUCGCCCGCUGUAGUGGAGUUCGACGUGGGAAUACCGUUGGUCAUUCACUUGUGCCGUGACGCUGAGAAGGACCACGGCACUCUUGCUCAAGGUGGGGAUUCUUGUCGUGGUGCGGCAGGAACAUUGUCGCUGCCCGAGGCGCUUACGAACCAACCUUCGCAACCUCCUGGAUUUGUCUCCGAAUUCGGCUCCUCCACGAUGAGCAGCUUCGAGACGCUCAGUCCGCUGCUCAGGAAAGAGCACUGGUCCCUGGAGGGAGGAAAUGGCACAUCAUCUUCGGACUGCAACGUCACCGAUCGCGUGCGGCCGGCCUGUGCGGGCGAGAAUCCCAUGAGCCAGCGGAACUACGCCUGCCGGAACCUGUUGGAGGGAUACUUCGGCGACAGAAAUGAUCGCCUCGAGUUGCAUGGCAAAACAGAAUCCCGCUCAUCUCCGGUUGUCGCUCUUUCCACGGAAGAACCGGAGCGGACAGAGCAAAAUUUUCGGCUUCAACUUUACUUGUGCGCGCUCGGCCAGGCGUUGCGUGUUACCACGUGGAUCGACCAGCUCCGGUUCGAUAAAAGCGUGAAUGGCAUGCUCUUGUGGCAACUCAACGAAAUCUGGCCGACGGGCGGGUGGGGCUCACUGGAAUACGGUGGGGGGUGGAAAAUUCUGCAUCACUGGCUGCAAAAUUUUGCGUUCCGGGACGUUUUUGUGGCUUGCGGGGUGGCCGCUGGGAAAGAAGGCGAAAGCGAAUCGAAAGCAGAUUACGAAAACACGAAAGACUCAAAGGAGGAGCCUGCUCUGGCACCUUCAAGCAAAGUAAAAGAUGUUCAGAAGGAGGUCAUCUGCUAUGUCCGCAACGACAGCCUGGAGCCUGUAACCGGUCUGUUGCACUUGCGCUUGUUUUCUUUUCGAGACCAAGCCUUUGUACCUCCACCGGAUGAACGGCUGAAGUUCAGUCUUCCCGCCGGGCCAGGGGCUUUGGUGGUUUUGAAGCCGAAAUUUGGGAAAUACAGGAAGAUCGAUGGCAGGUCUGGCACGCAGGCCGCGGCCUCUGGAGUACGUGGCAAGACAACUCAGCAGGAGCAACUCGAGGUGUCAUCUCCUCAAGUCGAUUUGGAGACGACGCUUCUACUAGCGUCACUGUCGGCAAUCGAGGACGUUAAUCUUGACGAAAAGGAGCAAGAACGAAAUGCGAGGGUCUCGCCCAUCUUGCUGCCGGAACGUGUCAUACUCUUUGCCCCACCGAAGCAGUGGAUCCACUAUUUACCGCCUGAGCCCAAUGUGCGCGUCAUUUCGGUCACUUCGGAGAUAAACGACAACCAGAGGCGGAUUCAAGGAGGCGACGGCCCCACCAGUAAAAAGCCGCUUUCUACUCGCAGCUUGACUUUGUACCGCGUGACGCUACAAGCCGACGCAGUGGCUUUGUACGUGACGCUGUCUUUGUCGGGAAAGAUGCAUGACGUUUUCCCAUCGGGCGUCUUCUCGGAUAACGGGUUUCUCCUUUUUGGAAAUACCACGAAAGAAGUCACGUUUCUCCCGACUCAUACUUCCAAUACGCGUAGUUUCUCGGCCGCAGGUAGGGCUAUCCCAAGCGCCGAGAAAUUCGCUCGGUCUUUGCGGAUUCAAUACCUCAGUAGACUGGCCGGCACAACUGGUCACAGCGUUGAAAGAAUGCAUGGAAAUGCAAGAGAAGGCGGUUCGAAUCGGAAAAGAAAAUCUAAU